AACGACGCUUUUCACUGUUAAUCAAACAGUGUGAUAAACCAUUUUCCAAUAUUACCACUUCGGCAAGAAAUUUGUAUGUAUAUUAAAUAUUGUGAAGCCGCAUUGGUGUUUUUAUUAAAAUCGGUUAAUUUGUUUUUAAUAAAUUACGCCGUGCCAAGUUUUUCAAAGCUGCGUGAUUCGUUCUUGUUACAAGCACACAAACACACGAUUAGAACACUUCUUUUAUUAAAAAACCGAGCAUUUUAUCAUGGUUUAGCAUGAUUGUAUUCUGUAUAGUGCACGAAUUUCUCUAUAAUUCAUAGUAUUAAUAACAGUAGAUAUGGAGAUUACAACAGCGUCGUUGUAUUACUCUUUUAGACUGCUGCUUGAUUCGGUUGUGCCACACGUGUCUUUAAGAAAAAUAUUGACUUAGGUGAUUGUCGCCAUGCCAAUUUUACGCUAUUUCUCCCCGAACACAUGGAGCGAACCGCAUAAGUCGAGAUUACUGAAACAAUUGCAACAAAUAUCUGGCAAUAUUUCAUCAUUAGAAGUUGAAAAAUGUUUUCAUGUGGAAUCUACUUCUCGUAUUGAGGAUAAUACAAAAAAUAUAUAUUUAUUACGCUGGUUACUUAAAGACCCACAGGCUGAUAUAUCUUCGUUGAAUAACAAAAGUAUUUUGGUCACUCAUUCUCAGGCGUAUCUCAUUGAAAUUGGUCCGCGCUUAAAUUUUUCCACUGCAUUCUCAACCAAUUGUGUGAAUAUAUGUCAAAAUGUUGGCCUAAAUAAUAUAGUACGCGUAGAGAUGUCAAUGCGCUAUCUUAUUGGAUUUAAUUCAACUCAAGGUGUGACACAAACACUAAAAGCACAACUUGUUGAUUUUCUGGGGGAUCGCAUGACCGAAUGUGAAUAUAUUAGAGAAAAUUUACCAUUAAAUAGUUUUAACGAACAGCUUCCGAAAUAUCAUGAGCCUUGGUAUCACGUACCUCUUUUAACAGUUGGCCGACCAGCUCUGGAGAAAGUGAAUUCUGAAUUAGGCCUUGCGUUUAACGACUGGGAUAUGGAUUACUAUACGUAUUUGUUUCAAGAAGUUCUAAAACGGGAUCCGUCUACUGUUGAACUCUUUGAUUGUGCUCAAAGCAACAGCGAACAUUCCCGCCACUGGUUUUUUCGAGGCAAGAUUUUAUUGGACGGACAGCAAAAACCUGAGUCCUUAAUAAAAAUGAUAAUGAAUACUCAAAAAUUUAGUAAUACGAAUAAUACUAUAAAAUUCAGCGAUAACAGCAGUGCAAUACAUGGCUUUAAGUGUAAAUUAAUUCGACCACAAAAAUGUGAUAAGCCCAGUUGUGUUAACUUGGUAAAUGCUGAAUCAGACUUAAUUUUCACAGCGGAAACGCACAAUAUGCCGACAGCAGUUGCUCCUUUUAGUGGAGCUACCACCGGUGCAGGUGGAAGAUUGAGGGAUGUCCAAGGAGUCGGACGUGGUGGUAUACCUAUAGCUGGCACUGCUGGUUAUUGUGUUGGUUGUUUAAACAUUCCAGGAUAUAUACAAACAUACGAGAAUAAUACUUUUGAAUAUCCUUCAUCGUUUGCCAAGCCACUUAAAGUUCUAAUUGAGGCAAGCAAUGGCGCAUCCGAUUACGGCAAUAAAUUUGGUGAGCCUGUAAUUGUUGGUUUCGCUAUUUCAUAUGGUCUCGAGAAUUGGGUUGGUGAACGCCAAGAAUAUGUUAAGCCAAUCAUGUUUAGCGGGGGUAUGGGCAUAAUGGACCCAACAAUGCGUCAAAAAGUUGAUCCGAAAAGAGGAAUGUUACUGGUUAAAAUAGGCGGACCAGUAUACCGUAUUGGUGUGGGAGGUGGUGCUGCCAGUUCUGUAGAAGUACAAGGUUCCAGUUAUUCCGAUAUAGACUUCAAUGCUGUUCAGCGUGGUGAUGCCGAAAUGGAAAAUAAGCUUAAUCGCGUUGUACGUGCCUGCAUUGAAAUGGGCGAUAACAAUCCAAUAUUAGCCAUACACGAUCAGGGUGCCGGCGGUAAUGGCAAUGUUUUAAAGGAGCUAGUAGAGCCUGGUUUCGCGGGAGCAGUAAUAUUUUCGAAAGAAUUUCAAUUGGGUGAUCCUACCAUAAAUGCCUUAGAGUUGUGGGGUGCAGAAUAUCAAGAAAACAACGCACUGAUUUGCAAGCCUGAACAUCGUAAGGUUUUGGAAGAAAUUUGCUCACGGGAGCGCUGUCCAAUCAGUUUUGUUGGUGUUGUUACCGGAAAUGGAAGAGUGACAUUAGUUGAAAGUGAGGCUGAUUUUGAGCGCGCUUUGGAGUUGGGUGAUAAUUUAAAUUCAAUGGGUGCUAUACCCUUUGAUCUUGAACUGAAACAUGUACUUGGCGAUAUGCCACAAAGGGAAUACAAAUUGGAGCGUAUUUCAGCAAAGCUAAAACCAUUAUCACUAAACGCAGCUUUCAAUAAUUCCGAAGGCUUGAAAAGUGUGCUAAGUCAAUUAUCUGUAGGAAGUAAAAGAUUCCUUACUAAUAAGGUAGAUCGAUGCGUUACCGGUCUAGUGGCGCAGCAGCAGUGUGUAGGGCCGUUGCAUACUCCUUUAGCCGACUACGGCUUAACUGCAAUUUCGUAUUUUGGAAAAGAAGGCAUAGCUACGUCUAUCGGUACUCAGCCUAUAAAAGGCAUCCUUAACGCUUCUGCAAUGGCACGUAUGUGCGUAGCCGAAGCGAUAUCUAAUUUGGUUUUUGUAAAAAUCACGGAAUUAGCAGAUGUUAAGUGCUCUGGAAACUGGAUGUGGGCAGCGAAAUUACCUGGAGAAGGUGCCCGUUUAUAUGACGCUUGCAAGGAAAUGUGUCAAAUGAUGAAGGAACUGCAUGUUGCAGUUGAUGGUGGAAAGGAUUCACUUUCUAUGGCUGCAAAAGUUAACGACGAAACUGUAAAAUCUCCGGGAACUCUUGUAAUUUCUACUUACGCACCAUGUCCAGACAUUACCGUGAAAAUAACUCCAGAUCUUAAGGGUCCUACUUUAGGAGAGCAAACAGCCCUUGUAUGGAUAAACAUCGAAGGCAAGUUUCGAUUGGGUGGAUCCGCGCUAGCCCUUGCGUUUUCACAGCAAGGAGACGAGUGCCCGACCGUUUUGCGAAGUGAUAUUCUUGCUAAAGCUUUCACCACUACUCAAAACUUAAUACAGCAGAGAAAACUCUUAGCUGGGCACGAUAUUAGUGAUGGUGGCCUUAUUGUAUGUCUAUUGGAAAUGGCAUUCGGAGGAUUAUGUGGAUUUCAAAUUGACUUAACCAAUGUAAUGGAGGUAUUAAAAAAUGCUCAUAUCGAUAAGGCAGCAAAACUGAUUAGUAAACCAGAAGUGGCUGUCUUGUAUGCAGAAGAAUGUGGUUGGGUUAUUGAGGUGCCAAUGAAAUUGCUGUCGGAAGUUCAAAAUAUCUACACGAAUAAUGGGGUUCCGAACUAUUAUUUAGGUUCAACAUGUGGUCAUGGUCUCAAUUCGACCUUAAUUAUAAAAAGUCAUUCCGAAACCAUUCUUCAGAACGAUGUUCAAACUCUUUUUAAACAAUGGGAAAGAACAAGUUUUGAGAUAGAAAAACUGCAAUCGAAUCCAGAUUGCGCUUUGGAAGAAUAUAAUUCGUUGAAUUAUCGUUCCGCUCCUAAAUAUUAUUGUAGUUUCGACUUAAAUGCUGAAAUAAGUGUACUACGAGCAAUAAAUGUUGUGAGCGUUGCUGUUAUUCGCGAAGAAGGUAUCAAUAGCGAGAGAGAAAUUAUGGCAUCCCUAAUUAAAGCCAAUUUUGAAGUUCACGACGUUACCAUGUCUGAUUUGUUGUGCG